AGUGAACCAAUGCCGCUCUCACAAACGAUCAAGAAGAAAAACCGGCCACCCGGAGUGAUUCCUGCUUAUUUCCAUUACGGCUCGCAGUUUCUUGUAGCUCCAGAAUAUCACUUGGCGACUUGCCAAAUCUCUAAAAACAUGGCGACUAUUCGAUUCUCAAUAUUCUGUUUCCUCAACGACAUUGAGAAAUUUCUUCAAGCAAAUCGCACAAUCAGUGAGGAUUUCUGGGAUUACAGCUUCUGCAAUGAUCAUUUUCGUCGUAAGGAUCUGAAGAGCGCUCUGGACGUAGCUGGCGCUAAUGCGACGAUUUUUGCCGUGAUUCGCCAUCCGAUCGAACGAUUUCUCAGCGGAUACGUUGAUAGAUGCGUCAACCGUCAGUACUGUCUUGGAUGCAACAGGGAUCUGAAGUGCUUUGUGGAAAUGCUAUAUCGGACUCUUGUCAAGUACUAUGAGAACCCAAGUGAUGUUGUGCAAGACAAGACGACUGAGCACGUCCUCCGGCAUUUCGCUCCCCAGACAUGGUUUUGCGACUUCGAAAACCACAAAAAUGAGUACGUUCUCCUGAAACAACAUGUGGGACCUAAUGGCACACAUCGAAUUGCUGACGAGUUCUACGAAGUAUUCGAGAAGGCGGGAGUUCUGAGUGAACAUCGAGCGAUCAUUCAUAAAGAAAUGCUGAAGGGAACAACCGUACACUCAACUUCACAAUCACUCGCAAGGAAGGAAGUUCGAGAACGACUUCUGGCGGAUCUCUAUCUCAUGGGACGUUUGUUGCAAAUUUAUUACUAUGAUUUUAUUGAAUUCGAUUUCAUCUAA